CCGCAGUCGAACACAACAAGCGGGGACUUCCUCGUGUCCAGACGUUUCUCUACUCAACCUCUUCCGAGUUUGACCUACGUUUUAAUGCAGUUGUGAUAACUGGAUUCAGUUUUUUCAAUUUAUUACUGUUGGAGAUCUUCUUUUUUCUACAUAUUUUUGUUUUUCCUCAGUAUAUAAAGAUGCCAGAGGACGUUGGGACAGCCAAGUCUGAUCACAUUGAGACAGGCUCAGUGAAGUAUCCGUCUCUUCCUGUCCGCAGGCGGAGUCAUCGCUUACAUUUCCUCCAGCUCGGUGUCCGGCUCAGAGUCCUGUCUGAGCAAAAGCCCCAGCGGCAGCAGCGGCUACAUGUCGGUGUCGCCGGCCCUGUCGCGGCCGUCGCUGCCCAGCAGGGCCGUGGGGAUGCUGGUGGACAUCGCCCCGCCGGCCAAGACCCACGCACGCGGCCAAGGCGCAGAAAAGGCCGGCCGCUCCUCCACGUCUGGCAAGAGCAGCAUCACGAAAAUCAACGGCAUGGUCCUGCUGUGCAAGGUGUGCGGUGACGUGGCCUCGGGUUUCCAUUACGGGGUCCACGCAUGCGAGGGUUGCAAGGGCUUCUUCAGGAGAAGCAUCCAGCAGAACAUCCAGUACAAGAAGUGUCUUAAGAUGGAGAACUGCACCAUCAUGAGGAUCAACAGGAACCGCUGUCAGCAGUGCCGCUUCAAGAAGUGUCUAUCCGUCGGCAUGUCCAGAGACGCUGUGAGAUUUGGCCGCAUCCCAAAGAGGGAGAAGCAGAGGAUGCUGCUGGAGAUGCAGAACGCCAUGAACAACAUGAUGAGCAAAAACAGCCAGCUGCACAGCAUGCUGCACGGCCACGGCCAGGUGUCCAUGGACGCCAUGAGCAGCGACACCAGCUCCUCCUCGUCUUCCUCGUCCUCCUCGUCCUCCUCCGACUCCCCGUCCUGCUCCAACCCCUCCUCCCCGCAGUGCCCGCAGGACUCGGAGUCUGUGGUUUCCAUGGACACCAACUCCAGCUCGGGCUCGUCCUGCGCGUCGGACAGCAGCGAGGACGAGGCCGUCGUCAGCGGGAACAGGCAGCAUCAAGAGGCCUUCGCCUUCGGCCAGCAGAGGUCAGCGGCGCAGGGCCAGGCCUCGCUGUCACCCGACGCCGUCCCCUCGGAGACGGGGUGCGACAGCCGCAUGGAGGAGCAGCAGCAGGGAAACUGGAGCUGCUGGAACAACGGCGCCGCCGUGGCGGGCUACCAGCGCUGCCCUUACAGCGGCGGCCACGUCAGGAACUCUGCUUACACGGAAGAGCGCGCCGUGUUCCCGCAGCAGCUGGGCGGCGUCUCUCGCGCCGACCCGUCAGACGAGGGCCAAAGACAGCAAGAACUUCAACAAACCUCCCUCAGUGGCUGCGUCAAAAGUAGAGCACACCUGGUGUGUCCGAUGAACACCUCGCCGUACGUGGACCCCAGCAAGCCCAGCCAGGAGAUCUGGGAGGAGUUCUCCAUGAGCUUCACCCCGGCCGUGCGGGAGGUGGUGGAGUUCGCCAAGAGGAUCCCGGGCUUCCGCAACCUGCCGGAGCACGACCAGGUCAGCCUGCUGAAGGCUGGAACCUUCGAGGUGUUGAUGGUGCGAUUCGCCUCCCUGUUCAACAUGGCCGAGCGAACCGUCACCUUCCUGAGCGGCAAGCGUUACAGCCUGGACACGCUGCGGUCGCUCGGCGCCGGCGAGCUGCUCAACUCCAUGUGCGAAUUCAGCGAGAAGCUCGCAGGCCUGCGGCUCAGCGCCGACGAAAUGAGCCUCUUCACCGCCGUGGUGCUCGUCUCUGCCGAUCGCUCAGGGAUCCAGGACACGGACGCGGUGGAGGCUCUGCAGGACCAGCUGAUCCGGGCGCUGAGAAACCUGGUGAUGCAGCAUCACGGCGGCGAGUCGGCCACCACCUUCACCAAGCUGCUGCUCAAACUCCCCGAGCUGCGUUCGCUCAACAACAUGCACUCGGAGGAACUGCUCUCCUUCAAAGUGCACCCAUGAAGGCUUCCAGCGCGGGUGCAGCGAUGCCCUCCACCACCUUCCAACCUCCACCAGGACCUGCCUCUUACAGCCUCCCACCCUCUUUAUUUGACCAACCGUGUUGCGUGUUCGUCUCCAGAAUGUAUGAAGUUAUUUUUUACGUCGAGAAGGAGAGUAUAAAGAGUACUGUAUUUAUAGAAGGGAUAGCUUUGCUUGUUGCACACGAACACACGCACAUGCAUGUGUGGCAGAGAUUUCAGUUUAGCUGGUUUUCUAUUUUAAAGAAAGAAAAGAGGACUUAGAUUUUAUGAAAUUAGAUCAAGUAGAAACUAAUCUGUCAGUUAUGUUGAUGACAUUUUUUUUUUUAAUAUGUAUAUUUAACAUGUUUCCUCCAAAAGCCAUUAAUUCCAAAGUGUAUUCUCAGAUGAGCGGGUGAAUGUGAGAGACGACGUAUAUACUGUACCCUUCAAACAUGUCUGACUGCUUCGUGCGUGGCGAGGAAGGCAAGCUAUCGGAGAACUUAUUGAUGAAUGUGUGACGAUCGCUGCUGAUGCAUGGCUGUAUUUAACGCAACUAUUAUCUGGCUGUGCGCUGGUCAUUCAUUUGAUGUAAAUACUGCUGUAUGUUCAUUUUCAUUUUUUUUUUCCUGCCUAUUUAAUGUCCUGUACAUGUUUAUGUCCAUGGGAACUGCCUGUAUGCUACCGCAUGUUUUUUAUUUCAUUUCUUUUUUCUUUUCUUUUUUUUUAUAUAAUUGGUAAUGGAUCAGUUGACAUCAGCAUCUUAAAGCAAAAAACACUAAAUUUGCACAAGUUCUGGAGCAGAAACAAAGUAACAAACUCCUAUUUUUUGUUUUUUCCUUGUUUUCUUUUUUUAAAUCAAACUUUUGGGCACAGCACUGAAUUCUGAUACUUGUUUUCACUUUGUUUGAGAUGUUUGCUUAUCCUACUGGCAACCACUGCCAUAUGUACAUAGCUCUAUAAAUAUAUAUAUAUAUGAAAUAUAUAAAUAUCAGAUGAACAGACUAUAAAUAGUAUGAAUAAAAACAAAUGAAGAAUGA